CACGCACACACACACACACACACACACACACACACUGCGCCUGCUUGUGUUCUGCUGUCUUUGAAUCACAGCAGCUCCGGAGAUUUUAUUAUUUUAUUUCGGACAUAACACAAAGUGGUUCAUUUAGAGCUCGCCGCGUGGAGUGGACAUCUUUGAGUCUCUCUGAUCGGGACAAAUAUUUUGUUUUUUUUUUUUUUUUUUUUUUUUGGUUUUUGUUUUUUUUUUUUGUUUUUUUUUUCCACGCACCUGGAAUAUUACUCCCCAGCAAGGCGCAACAUCAGCAUCGGUCUCAGCAUCCUUCCUUUUAUCGUCUCCAUAUUUGUCACUAUCAUUUUGAAUGAGUGGCGUGGGCUCCGGGCUCUCCCGGACUCCAUCGUCCCAGCCCGUCCCGCUGGGUAUCGGUUCGCGUCCCGCCGCCCCGCUGCAUGCCUGAGCGCCCCCCCCGCUGACCGCGACCACCUCGCCGUCCCCGGGCUUCAGUGAAGGAGCGCUCUGCUCGGGGGGAGAGGCUCAGCCCUCGCCCAGUCUGCGUGGGUGGACAUGGCCGUGCCCACGGGGCUCUGGAUGCUGCUGCUGCUCGCUGCCGUCCUGCCAGGGGGCCAUGCCCAGAGCGUCCAGAUGGACUCCACUAAGUCUGGCUUUGUGGGCUCCCAGGUAGAGCUCCGAUGCCAGUUUGUCAACAGCAACCCGCCUGUGAAGAUCUCCCAGGUCACCUGGCAGAAGUUUCUCAACGGCACCAAGCAGAAUGUGGCCAUCGCCAACCCCACCAUGGGCGUGUCGGUGCUGCCGCCCUUCAAGGACCGCGUGGCCUUCAAGCACCCGGCCGUCCGGCACCGCACGCCCUCGCUGGAGGACACCACGAUCACAUUCUCCAACCUGCGCCUCUCGGACGAGGCCGCCUACAUCUGCGAGUACACCACCUUCCCGGCUGGUAAUCGGGAGAACAUGGUCAACCUCACUGUUUUUGCUCAGCCUGCCACUCGCCUGACCCUGACCACACCCAUCAUCGUGGCGCGGCCGCAGAAGCGCCGCAUGACCGUGGCCACCUGCGUCUCAGCCAACGGCAAGCCUCCCAGCGUGAUCACCUGGGACACUCGGCUGAAGGGCGAGGCCACCUUCCAGGAGACGCGCAACGCCAACGGCACGGUGACAGUGCGCAGUAACUACAUGCUGGUGCCCAGCCGGGAGACACACAAGCAGAAGCUGACCUGCACCGUGACCUACCGCAAGGAGAGGAUCACCGAGAGCGUGGUCCUCAACGUGCAGUAUGAGCCCGAGGUUGUGAUCGAGGGAUUCGAUGGGAACUGGUACCUCAACCGGCAGGACGUGCAGCUGACCUGCAAGGCCGACGCCAACCCUCCGGUCACCGUGUACCAGUGGAAGCUCCUGAACGGCUCCUUGCCCAACGUGGAGAUCCGCAACAACUCGCUCUUUUUCAAAGGGCCGGUGACCUAUGACCUCGCCGGCACCUAUGUGUGCGACGCCACCAACAGCAUCGGGACGCGCUCGGGCCAGGUGGAGGUCAACGUGACGGAAUACCCUAACAAUCCUCCACCCGGGGGCCGCGAGAACCCGCGGGACCAGCAGGGUCCUGGUGCUGCCAUCGGGGGUGCGGUAGGGGGCGUGGUUCUGCUGGGCGUUGCCGCCGCCCUCCUGUUUGUCUUCCUCCGCCGGCGGCAGCACACCUUCAAGGGCGACUACAGCACAAAGAAGCAUGUAUUCGGGAAUGGCUACAGCAAGGCAGGCAGUGCACCCGCUCACCCGCCGCUACCCACCAGCCUGCAGUACCCUGAUGACUCGGACGACGAGAAGAAGCCUGCACAAAUGGGGGGCUCAGGCUCCUUUGAGGGUGGUGAUCGGGCCUUCGGCAAUGAUGCCGAGGACCUGAAGAGGCCAUACUUCACGGUGGAAGAGGGCGAGAGCCGCGAGUACGAUGAACGGACCCUCGCAUUCCAGUACGACCCCGAACCCGAGAUUGCAGAUGACAUGGUCUCUCAAACCGAUGGUUCGGUCAUUUCGAAAAAAGAGUGGUAUGUGUAGGGGCAUGUGAAACCAAACCACCACCUCCUUCCUUCCCACCGUUCACCGCACCACACCCUGCUCACCCGUCACGUUCAGUCAAUCCCCGACCCCCAACAUCUCCAGUUCCAUCUCUCAUUUAAUCCCACGCCUUGAUGCUUCAACACAGCCACCCAUCCCUCAUUGACUCCCCCAUUCAGACCCUUUAAAAAAUCAAUGUGACAUCAAGGUAUUUUAAAAUAUUAAACAAUUCUGCUCAUGAAAAGGCUAAUAAAUGGCCAGUCGCCAUGGACUUUUCAAUCCAGGAAACUGGUUGCUUGAUAAUAAUUGUGCAUUAUUUUUUGUCUUAAGAUUUUUUCGUUCAUGUUAUUAUAAAUGUAUCAAUUGUGUAAAAAAAAAAAAAGAAACCUUUUAUCUUAGGAUGGGCAGCGCUGAACAUAUGUGGUGAAAGUUAUACACUGGAUGUAUGAUAUUUCCGAUUGACAAUGGAUUUACUGUUUAGAGUUUUUGUAAUCAUUUUUGCUUCAUUUUAGUGAGAAGGUUAUGCUAACAGACAGCACUGAGCAGUGUAGGAGGUACAGUAUGAGCACUGCUCCCUGGGUAGGCCACCCAACUGAGAGCGUCUCGUCUGCGUUUUCACUGAACCACCAGACGAGCGAGAAACCCUCUCCUCUCCUUCCAGGAUCUGACUUUCCUUCUGCCAGCAGGGAUUACUCCUAAUCCAGACCUGAGAACGUGUUACAGUUUCCUGGCUUUUCACAAAUUAAGAGUGUAUCGCAAGCCAGUAAUAGCUAAUGAUUACUCUCUAUUAGGUAUGUGCAGUAUAAACCCUCCAGUGCACAUGACCCUGUUACAGUGGGCCUUGGCACCGGUUUUCUCAGCGCCGUGCGUGUCUGAGCACACGAAUGCUAGGCAUCACACAAAUCUCAACUUUUCAUUUAAAGAUGCUACAUGUUUUCAGCUUUAGGCUCUCUGGUCCCAGCUCUGCAAAGAGGAAGCGCUGCAUUGCUGCUGCACACGGGGUAGGGCCAUAGUCCACAUUAGGAGACAGGAACGCAGUGGAGAAGAGUGUCGUAUGGUGCCAAUGUGAAUGUUCAUUUCUGAAUCUUGAUCCACCUGACAUCACCCUUUCUCUGGCAAAAAUAUGCCUAAUACCGUGUCAGCGAUCUCUCGACCAUAUCCAUCUCCAUGUGCAUAAACUUGAAGCAUUACACCCUCUGACUGGUCAUAUCCUAUUGCAGAACAGAA